UCCUUUCAUCCUCUCUCUCCCUCUAGAAAUGGUUCAUCCGAGCAAGGAAGAAAGGACAGGAACAAGACUACUGUUUUUACGUACUGUAAAAUUGUCAGUUGCAUCUCUCUUCUUUCUAAUCAUUCAAGCUGCAAAAUUGUCAGUUGCAUCUGUUGCCUAUUGAAGCAGCGUUUUUAUGAACUGUAUUACAUACAUUGUAGAUAUAGAAGUAGACAAUUGCGACUUUUUCUUGGUUUUUCCAGCAGACGUAAGGAAAAAGAAUUCAGUGUUGCUCUUGGAAUUGUCCAGAAAAAGAUAAAGAUUAGCUGUCGGCGCUAUUCAUGUGAAAACAAAAGCGGAUUUCGUGUCCAUCGCGUCGGACGUGGUUUUAUCCUAUUCAAGUUUUACUUGUUUUCGACCGACGCGUUCACAUUUUCUUUUUGUGACGAGCUUGGUGGGGUUGGUUUAGCUUGAAACGGAAAGCUUUGAUUCUUCCAAGUUUCCGAUGGUAUGAUCUUUUAUGACGGUCGUAAGAGUCACAAGACAAAACCCACGUGGUUAAACCCUUUCUCGGCGGAUCUUCUUCUUCUUCUGUGAAGAGCUUGGAUUGAACUUCUGGGUUCUGGUUUUAGAAGCUCGUCUCGCGGGUGAUUCAUACUUUGGGAGGAUUUGCUUGGAUAUUUGAGUUCGUUUGCUUCUGCAUGUUCUUGAAAAUCAGAGCUUUUAGUACCAGACAGAAAAAGAAAUCUUGAUUUGGCAGCUUGGUUAGAUGUGUGAAUGUGGCUGUGUGAUUGCCUUGCAUAUCGUCGGCUGGGGUUGCCUGCUUCUACCUUUUUAGCCAUAAUUAAGGGUUAGUUUACGUUUAGUGGCAAGAAAUUCUCAUCUUGCAGAUUCAGUUACAUCGAACUUGCUGGUUGGAGAAGGAAGUACAAGGAUGGUUGGGACUACCGUAGAUACGACCAUUAAUGCCUACUCAAAUGGGACUAUUCAGAAUUCAAAUGGUUCUCUGGUAGGGAAGCUCGAUGAGCUCCGUGCCCUGAUGGGCAAAGCAGAAGGUGACCCCCUUAGGAUUGUGGGGGUUGGGGCUGGUGCUUGGGGCAGUGUCUUUGUUGCUAUGUUGCAAGAAAGUUAUGGCCAUUUGAGAGAUAAGGUCCUGAUUAGGAUAUGGAGGAGACCCGGUAGGUCAGUUGAUAAAGCAACAGCUGAACAUUUAUUUGAAGUGAUUAAUUCAAGGGAAGAUGUGCUGAGGAGAUUAAUAAGGAGGUGUGCUUAUUUGAAAUACGUGGAGGCAAGAUUAGGAGAUCGGACACUUCAUGCUGAUGAGAUCUUGAAGGAUGGGUUUUGCUUGAACAUGAUUGACACCCCACUUUGCCCUUUGAAAGUUGUGACCAAUUUGCAGGAGGCUGUUUGGGAUGCUGAUAUAGUUGUAAACGGGUUGCCUUCCACGGAGACCCAAGAAGUUUUUGAAGAGAUUAGUCAGUAUUGGAAGGAAAGAGUUUCGAUGCCAGUUAUUAUAUCUCUUGCUAAGGGUGUUGAAGCUGAGUUGCAGCCCGAGCCCCGUGUUAUAACUCCGACCCAGAUGAUCAACCGAGCAACUGGAGUGCCUCUCGAGAAUAUUUUGUAUCUUGGAGGACCCAAUAUUGCCUCAGAGAUUUACAGUAAGGAAUAUGCCAAUGCCCGGAUAUGUGGGUCAGCAAAGUGGAGGAAGUCAUUGGCCAAGUUUUUGAGGCAGCCCCAUUUUAUCGUGUGGGACAAUGGCGACCUUGUCACUCAUGAAGUUAUGGGUGGAUUGAAGAAUGUCUAUGCCAUUGGAGCAGGUAUGGUUGCUGCUCUUACAAACGAGAGUGCAACAAGCAAAUCGGUGUACUUUGCCCUCUGUACAUCUGAGAUGAUAUUCAUAACCCAUCUGCUAGCAGAGGAUCCUGAGAAGCUCGCAGGCCCCUUACUUGCAGACACAUAUGUGACUCUCCUCAAAGGUCGGAAUGCUUGGUAUGGACAUAAAUUAGCUCAGCGUGAACUCAACCUCGAGAUGGGUGAUAACAUCAAGGGGAAGGGAAUGAUCCAGGGUGUCUCAGCUGUGAAGGCGUUUUACGAACUGUUGAGUCAGUCGUGCUUAAGUUUCCUCCACCCCGAAGAACAGAAACCCGUUGCUCCUGUUGAGCUCUGCCCAAUACUAAGGAUGCUUUACAAGAUAUUAAUCCUAAGGGAGUACGCUUGCGAAGGAAUUCUUCAAGCGCUAAGGGACGAAUCAAUGAACGAUCCUCGAGACAGGAUCGAGAUCGCACAGACCCAUUCCUUUUACAGGCCAUCACUUUUAGGCCAGCAGCCACUGUAACUGAUCAUUGAUUUGUUCGGGCGAAUUUUGUAUGUAUCUAUAAUAUUGCUCUGGGAGGCUCUAGGUGCGUGCUGUUCUUUUUCUUCUAGCCCCACGCUUCAUCAUCGAUCGCAUGGACAUGUUACGAUCUAGUGCGGCUAUUCUUUUUUUUUUUUUUUUUUUUUUUGUGCAAUGCCUGUAGCAUAACGUACAAUCCCGAGAUUCUGCUUUCUGUAGAACGCACAACGAGUCAAGUGAUGUUCACGUUACUGAUGUUUAAUGAUAUAUAAUACCAUCGUUUCCUGUAUAA